GUUGCGUCGUUUCGAAGCAAGGAAUUGAUUUCGAUCUUAAAGCCCUAAAACCUAUCAUUGAAGUAAGUGUUUGUGUUGGCAUAUUCCAUUUCUGUUAUCGAAGUGUACUAGAAGAAGCUCAGAAGACGACAAUGGCUGCUGCUAUUCACGAAACCUCUUCUUCAGCUAAGCGAUGGCUUCCACUUGAAGCUAACCCUGAUGUUAUGAACCAGUUCCUUUGGGGUCUUGGUCUUCCAGAAGAUGAAGCAGAGUGCGGUGAUGUUUAUGGCUUGGAUGAUGAACUCUUGGACAUGGUGCCUAAGCCUGUUCUGGCGGUUUUGUUUCUUUAUCCCAUAACCGAAAAGAGUGAAGAAGAGAGACGGCAACAGGAAAAGGAAGCAAAGAAGGAUUACAGCAAUGAAGUAUACUUUAUGAAACAAACAGUUGGCAAUGCCUGUGGAACUAUUGGACUGCUUCAUGCUAUUGGGAACAUUACUUCGGAAAUUAAGCUUUCGGAGGGUUCAUUCUUGGAUAGGUUCUUCAAGUCUACCAAAAGCAUGGAUCCGAUCGAGCGUGCAGCAUUUCUUGAGAAAGACAAUGAAAUGGAAGUUGCACAUUCGGUAGCAGCAACUGCUGGAGAUACCGCAGCUCCGGAAAACGUCGAUACUCACUUUAUCUGCUUCUCAUGUGUGGAUGGGACACUUUAUGAGCUCGAUGGGAGAAAGACGGAACCUAUAUCACAUGGUCCAUCAUCACCCAACAGUUUAUUACAGGAUGCAGCUCGAGUCAUAAAAGACAUGAUCUCGGAUAACCCCGACUCGCUGAACUUCAAUGUCAUUGCCAUCUCAAAGAAGACUGGGGAAGGAAGCAUGUGAAGGCGACCAAGGUUCAAUCUGAUUUAGUUUUACAUCAAUGACCUAGUCCUAUUACCUAGUUGUCGGCAUGUGUAGAUGCGUGUAUGAGAGAUCCGUUAGCUUGUAACCGACACGAAUCUGUUUCUGUUGUAGUUGAACAAAGUGUUUAGUAGUGUACCUUACGUCACACUUUCUUUUGUGGUUUAAAUAUUUGCUAAUGAGACAAUAUAGAAAAAAGCUGUUCGUUGCUUUUGUUGUUCAA